UUUUAGAGUAGAAAAAAAACAAACAAUGGCAAUACACUUAAUCAUAGCUACAAUUCAUUGUGAACCUACAUUGAAACUCUCCGAAUUCCAAAAUCAUAUGACGAGUUUCAACUCUUCUAGAAGAAUAAGUAUUCACAAUACAGUUAACAGUCAAAUCAAAGAAGAAAUCAUUUCAGCAUAACUAUUAUUUACUAACUUAUCAGUUGAUAUAAAUGAAAUAUAAUCUAUACUUUACUCAAUUAAUUUUUAUUUUACAGACUAUAAUUAUUCUUUUCAACAAAAUUUAUAUCAUAUUUGGCAAUGAAUCAAAAUCAAUGAUGUCUGGUUUAUUUAAGACUAAUAAUGAAGUUAUUAAUAACAUAAGUUUAUCAUCAUCAUCGUCACAGUAUCCCAGAUCUGAUUAUGCAAAACUGCCUUCUAAUGAUAAUUUUAUAAAUUUUCGUCAAUCUAAACAAUCAUUGAAGAUGAAUACUAUGAAUAAUAAAUUAACCAAUUGUCAACUGCAGUUGGAAUGUUCUACUGAAAUGGAAAAUAUUGAUAAUAAACAAAUGUCAAUAAUGAAUUUUUCAACUACUCAUAUUACUGGUCGUAUACGUAUACCUGUUCGUAGUGGAAGAGGACCAGCUGGACCACCUGGUCCACAGGGACCUCCAGGACCACAGGGUGCAAGAGGAUUUCGAGGACCACCUGGCGAACCAGGUAGUUUACAAGAUAUCAACUUAACUAAAUUACAGCUGAUUAGAUUGAAUAAUCAGCUACAAACAGUACAGAAUAGAAUAGCAUUUUUUGCCGGUCUCGAAUUUAAUGUUGUUGAAAAACCAUUGGACGAAAAUCCUAAAUUGAUAAUGAACAAAGUUAUCACGAAUUUGGGCAAUGCAUACAAUCCAAUAACUGGGGAAUUUAUUGCACCAGUAAAUGGUAUUUAUAUUUUAUUUCUAGCCAUUUCAGCUCAAGGGAAAUCAAGAGCGGUUGUACGUCUAAUGCACAACGAAAAGCAAAUAUUUGAUGUUUGGUCUGAGAGCUCUCCAUGGGCAACAGCUACAAAUCAAGGGAUUCUACAAAUGUAUAAAGGUGAUCGUGCAUGGUUGGCCAUACGUGAUGGAGCUUAUUUUCUACAUGGUUAUAUGUAUUCAACAUUCUCUGGGUAUUUAUUAUUUGAUAUAAAUAAUAAUGAAACAAUUGACAUCCCAUAAUUUGUCUAAUUUUAUUAUUGACAUUAUUAAUACUAAUAAUAAUCAGGAGAUUGAAUAUUCGCAUUUUCCAAAGUCCCACUGAACAAAUGUUAAGCUACUAUUUACAAUACUGUAUUCUAAAAGAGAAUUUAGGAAUAUAACUUAUAAACUACCGCUUCAGUCACUUGCUGAUAAACUUCGUGUUAUUUUACAAAACAUAUCUACACACCAAAAUAUUUCUUAUUCUACCUCAGUGUUGAUCUCCAUGAAUAUUCUUCCGUUUUAAAAAUCACAUAAUAAAUCUAUGGGAUAAAAUACCAUCUUGAUUUAUACUAUAUUAAAAAAUAUAUCUCCAGCUACAAACAGACGGUUCAUCUAUCAUUCUGUUUAACAGACUUAUUUGGAUAAAACUUAUCGAAAGUCACAUGCUCAAACUGAUUCUUAAUUCUUACAGUUACAGGAUUUAAAACGUUCUUUUUUUGCUGUCAAAAAAAUGCAAUUAACUGUUCACAGAAGCUCAUAAUGAAGAAAGAAUAAUUUACAUGCAAAGUAAACCAGAUAUAUUUAAAGAUAUACAUACUAAUGUAAUUAUAUAGUUCAAAUAGCUUAGAGUUUAACUGUAGCUCAUAUUCAAACAAAUAAGAAAUGUAGGGCUUUUCAACUAAUAACUAAUGUCAAAGAGUAUAUAGGUAUCAGUGAUGGUUUCAAAUAAUUUGAGCAUUGAGUAGAAAGUUGAUGAUAAAUAUAUUUUUUUGUGAUAACUCAAUGAAUAGAAAAGUGCAUUUUUGACGUUUUGUGACUUUAUGUAAAUCACUUCUUUGGAGUAAAUAAAUAACCGAAAUAAAAUUAACACAAGUACAAAACAAACAAAGUAAUACAUAUUUAGUAUAAUCAAAAUCAUAAUAGGUCUAAACAUGUCAAUGUCAAGUUACGUUUUUGGCCAAGGUGAUUUUGUAAGACAUACCACUAUGUUCAUUUGUACGUUACAAUGUGGGCAUAAAAAAUGUUUGCAUGAAGUGAUGGGAAUGAAACUAGGUGUGUGUGCAGACUUUGUGAAAAAUAAAUAGGUUUGAGUGUGCUUUUUGGAUAAACAGUCCAGGUUGAAUGGAUAGCCAAGCCCUCUUUCUCAUGGAAGGCAGAAGGAUUUAGCAUUAUGUGAAACGCUUAGGCUACUCGCUUCCCUUUAUAGUUGGAAAAGCUUUUCUGAAUUAUUU